CUUCCCCUCCUUCUCACCCUGGAGAAAGGACUCACCUGCUCGAAGAGCGGUUGUCCAGCCAGGAGAAGACCAUGUCUUUCCUCCUCCAUCAGGCUUUCCAGAUUAAAGACGACAUCAUCUCCUGCCUCCAAGGAAGGAAAGGCUAUGAGCACAGGGAGACGUCUGCCCAGUGGCUGCUGGAAAACCACAUCCAGACCAUCACCAGCAUUGUUAAAAAGCUCAGCCAGGAUAUUGAGGUUUUGGAGAAGCAGAUAAGAACACGGGAUGGUGCCACAUUAAAAACUAAUUUUGCUGUUCAAAGUCUGGACCAUAAAUACAUCCAGGGUCUUGGAGACCUGCGUGGAAGAGUUGUGAGAUGCGAGGCAAGCAUCUCAAAGCUGGCAGGAGACAUCAGCAUGAUCAGGCAUGAGGCCCAGAAGACGGAGAAAGAGAUUUAUGGACUUCACUCUGCCCUCAAAAUUUGUGUUAGUGAUUUUGAAAAGAAGGUAAUGCAGCUAUUAGGAAAGAUAGAGUCUUCCAGCUCCGACCAAAGCUUGAUUCUAAAGACAGUCCAGGGAGAUCAACAUCAUGAAUUGCAGCUUCUGGAUUUCAAGUUGACAAGUAUUCUAAGUGACUUCAGGGAUCAGAUGCAAACUCAUCAGAAGCGGAUGGAAUCUCGGCUGACACGGACCGAAGAAGAUCAAGCCCAGCACAGGCAGCAGCUGCUUAACUCUGUGAAGGAGAGACUGGAAAGAGCAGAAAAGCGAGUAGAAGAAAAGCUUCUACUUCUGUCACUAAAGCUGGAAGAAAUGGAUAAACCACAGAGAUACGAAAAGCAGUUGAACCAGAUGAAAAUUGAUGAAAAAAACCUAAAUGCAAGGAUCACCAGAUUUGAAAGACAGAUCUGGAAAGAGCUUGAGGAAAUACAAAGUGAAUACAGAUCAGGAUUUCAAUCCACUCACGAGUCUCUGGAGCUACUCAAACAAAUACAGAACACAAGGCUGAAACUUGAGAAAAGGAAAAUUCAUAAAAACAUGAAAAUACAAUGCAAGUGACCUCCCAGGAGAUCAAACAACAAGAGGAAGCACCGUCCACCAUUGCGGAU